CUGAGCCGGCGCUGGUCAGGGAGCCGGAUUUGGAGCGCGGCGCCGGCGGGGGCCGGAGGGGGCGGCGCGGCGGACCUCGGUGGCCUCGGACGCUCCUCCUCGUGAGCGGCCGCCGCCCGCCUCCGCCUGCGCUAGCAGCUCCCUCGCCCCGGCCGGCACCGGCUGCCGCUCCAGGCCGCUCACCUGGGACGCGCUCACCUGGGACGCGGUGCCCCGCGCCCGCACUUGGGCCAGGAUGAAGGACCGGCUGGAGCAACUGAAGGCCAAGCAGCUGACACAGGAUGACGACACUGACGACGUUGAGAUUGCUAUCGACAAUACGGCCUUCAUGGAUGAGUUCUUUUCUGAGAUUGAGGAAACUCGACUCAACAUUGACAAGAUCUCAGAAAGUGUGGAGGAAGCUAAGAAACUCUACAGUAUCAUUCUGUCUGCACCGAUUCCAGAGCCAAAAACCAAAGAUGACCUUGAACAGCUCACAACUGAGAUCAAGAAGAGGGCCAACAAUGUCCGGAACAAGCUGAAGAGUAUGGAGAAGCAUAUUGAAGAAGAUGAGGUCCGGUCCUCAGCAGACCUUAGGAUCCGAAAGUCCCAGCAUUCCGUCCUCUCCCGGAAGUUUGUGGAGGUGAUGACAAAGUACAACGAGGCUCAGGUGGACUUCCGUGAACGCAGCAAAGGGCGCAUCCAGCGGCAGCUUGAAAUUACUGGCAAGAAGACAACAGAUGAGGAGCUGGAAGAGAUGUUGGAGAGUGGUAACCCUUCCAUCUUCACUUCCGGGAUCAUCGACUCGCAGAUUUCCAAGCAAGCCCUCAGUGAGAUUGAGGGUCGGCACAAGGAUAUCGUGAGGCUGGAGAGCAGCAUCAAGGAGCUCCAUGACAUGUUUAUGGACAUCGCCAUGCUGGUGGAGAAUCAGGGUGAGAUGUUAGAUAACAUAGAGUUAAAUGUCAUGCACACUGUGGACCAUGUGGAGAAGGCACGGGAUGAAACUAAGAAAGCCAUGAAGUAUCAGAGUCAGGCUCGGAAGAAGAAGAUCAUGAUCAUGAUCUGCUGUGUUAUCCUUGCCAUCAUCUUGGCUUCCACCAUUGGGGGCAUAUUUGCCUGAAAAAGAUGGAUUCUCAACAAGCAUCUCCAGUCUUCCACCUCUUUGGUGCCAUCACUUCUCCCUUCAGAGUCCUCGACAACUCUGCCUCUUUUCAUUAGUAAACUCACAACACAGGGCACCAAUCAACUGCUUUGCAAUGUUACAGAGGGGGAAGAAAUGAAUUGAAGGCGCCAUGGAUGAGAAACAGGGAGCACAGCAAUGUGCAGGUGGUUUGGAUGUUCUUGAAGGGCAGGCCUGUGUGGUGGAGAAGCAUAAUGGGCCCCUGCUAGGGUACAACAUGAGCCAGAAUGCCAGGACAGUGAAGAGGCAGGUAUUGUAAUGCCAAAUUCACAGGGUCUUCAGUGCAUUCUGUGAGUCUGCCUCUCAGAACGCGGUACUCAGUACUUUACUCUAAAGGCUCUUCUAGGCCUCAACCGUAGCCAACCACAUUUCUGCUUCCUUCUUCAGGGUCCAAGAAUAAUUUUGAAGCCUAGACUGUUUCAGGAUUGGCACCAUGCCUGUCUUUACUACCACCAUGUCCCCACUGCUUAGCACGUGCCUGCCACCUCCACAUACUCGCUUACUUGUAGUCGAGCUUUGAUUUCAUUCAUGGAAGAGUUCUCAAGCCUGGUUUUUAAACUCUUUAAGGUAUCAUAGGGAACAUGGUUUAUUGCUAUCAGAGGCUUAUGCAAAAGUACUACAACCACCCCUGUUACCAUAUCAUACUCUUUGAAGUGUCUAUGUGUGUGUGUGGGGGGGGGGGUAAGUAGAAGUUGGGUUUCUAUUGGUGGUAUAGAUUUGUAUCAAUAGCCUCUCAUCUGGCAGAGAUGGUGGUUGGUUUCAGGAUGGAGGUUCAUUAACUUCACCAAAAGGAAGAAGUUUAUACUAUGAUUCAGUUCCCAAUAAACCAAACCAGCACACUUUGUGAUCUGGAACAAUGGGAGGUGUAAGGGAAAAAAAGUGUGAUCAGGCUAUUGCUUCUGACCAUCCCAGAUCCGUGUUAGCAGAAAUGGCUGGUUAGUGACAGGUGCAAGAAACUGGUUCAAGCACAUCUCCAAUCUAAGGUUUCACUGUGUUUCGAUUUUAAAAAUAUUUAUUUAGAGAUUAUUAUAUUGAAGACACUCAUUAAGAUACAUGAAAAAUCUGGGACUAAAAAUAUCCUCUUGAAAGUAAGUGAAAUACUUCUGUUCUUUGUUGGAGAUGUUAUUUUUUUCACACGCAGGAUAAAAACCCCUGUUUUUAUCAGUGUGCUGUUUUCUACCCACCUUCAAAAGCCAGUGGUCUAAUACUUCUACCAGUUCCUGCUUCCUUUAGUUUGAAUAGGAGAUACUGGCUAGCUCAGAAAAACAGGUUAAUCUUGUUAGGUACAAAUGGAGUGGGGCUGGAGGGAUGGCUCAGAGGUUAAGAGCACAGACUGUCUUCCAAAGGUCCUGAGUUCAAUUCCUAGCAACCACAUGGUGGCUCACAACCAUCUGUAAUGGGGUCUGGUGCCCUCUUCUGGCCUUCAGACAUACAUGGAAGGAAUGCUGUAUACAUAAUAAAUAAAUAUUUAAAAAAAAAAAAAAACAAAUGGAGCUGGAGUCACGAGGUUUUGGAUCCCACAGGAUCCUCAUUUAUCCAGCAGUAAGUUGUUUGCUCCACACACAUUAGAUCCUGAAGGAACACAGAGCCAAAAUGCCCUUCCUUAGAUAGUUUCAGACCUAGGAAGCGCCAAAGGUUUCAACUUUUGUUAUCAGUUUUUUGCUAAAUGGUACAUUCCUUGUCAUAUUCCAUGUUUCCCCUUCUGAGACUGACAGAAGAUGAGCAGCUGGGUAUUAAUAAAUAUCUGUUGAACCUACUAAUCUAGGUACUGUCAUUUUUAUCUUUAUUAUUCUAAAAAACGUGCUUGUAAUUAGCAAACUGUCAUAAACUAGGCAGUAAACACAUUUACAUUUCCAGCUGUGAGAUAGAAAAACAAGUUUCAGCCCUGGAGACAUGCAUGGUACAAUGUCGGAACUGAGACAUCCUACCAGGGCCCCCCCCUCUCCCCCCAGGAUCUUGCACGUAGCAUGGCUGGCUUUGAACUCAAUGGCCUGCCUUUGCUUCCGGAGUGCUGGGAUUAAUGGCAUGCUCCACCACAGCUGGCUAUGCCAAAUCAUUCUUAAUCUCUCUCUCUCUUUUUUUUCUUUUUUUUUUUGAGACAGGGUUUCUCUGUGUA